AUGACAACGCCCACAUACAAGUACAUGCAUCCCCUCUCCCACCUGCCUCAUCUCUCUCAUCUCACAAUCUUCGACACUCGACCAAACCUCUCCCAAUAUGUCCAAGAAAAUCUACCCAAGUUCUUCACACACCAGACUUCAUCAAUAUCAAUCGCCGACAUAAGAUUUGCUGCCACCAUCGAAAAUGCUGUUGAAGGCGUACACAUUAUCCAAGAAUCUGGGCCCGAAAACCUUUCAUUCAAGCAAACACUAUGGACCAAAGUCGAGCAGCACGCACCAGUAGAUGCUUUAUUAUGGAGUAGCACAUCCGGCAUCCCUGCAUCCCAACAGGCAGCGGGUAUGCAAGAUAAGACAAGGUUGCUGGUGGUACAUCCGUACAAUCCACCGCAUAUAAUGCCUUUACUAGAGCUUGUUCCAUCACGAGAUACCUCAGACGAGGUGAUCAAGCGCACACAGGCCUUUUGGACCGCGCGAGGUAGAGUCCCAAUUCACAUCAAGCAGGAGACGACGGGCUUUGUGGCGAACAGACUAGCUUUCGCACUACUGAGAGAGGCGAUCCACCUUGUGAAGGAGGGCGUUGUGUCAGUCUCCGAGCUUGAUGAAAUCCAUGCGGGCGGUGGACCAGCUGGACUCGAGGGCUUCUUCAAAAACAUCGGUGGCACAGUGCAAGAUUGCUGGAAUGAUGCAGGGCGCGUGAAUGUUGGGGAUGAGUGGGAAGAGGGGGUGUUUCAGCAGGCAAAGCAAGCGUACGGGGUAGUCGAUAUUGAAGAAAGGGAUCGGAUAACUCGACGGCUGCUGGAAGUGUUGGCGGAAGAGAAGUCCAAGACUUCUAGCUGAUUGUCUUUCUAGGAGAAGAUGAGGCGACGGGCUUUGAACAUUCUGUAGUCGUGCGCUGGGAGGUGAUGAAACUAUGGAUCGACCUCAAGUCGGUUGAACGCGCCUUCAAUGUUGCAUUGGAGACUUGUGGAACCACUCUAGAAUUAUAUCAGGGAGGUUUGAGGCUAUCACACCUUUGCAUAACCCCAAGCUUGUCCAAAGAUCUGGACGAUGUCGGAGUAGAACAACAAUAUAGAUUGAUUGAAAUAAGAAAAGAAGUUAUAAGCCAUAACUGCACUCAGCAAUCAAAAGUUAGAGCACCACCAUGCUUCUAAUCAAAACGCCGACCAUGCAACCAAAAUGUUCAGUGCUCAACUCUGAGCAUAGUCCAUAA